AUGGACAAUCGUCGAAAGGCAUCGUCACCGACGGCCACCGCCGUGGGGAACAGCUGGUCCAGAGACGUGUACUCUAAACCAUCGCGAUACUCGAAUUCGAGCGCUUAUCAUCAGGAAUGCGUUAGCGAGCACGACAUAAAAUAUCCGGGAGAGAGAACGUCUCAGGAGACUCUCGCCGAGAUCGAAACGGACAUUAAUAAGAAUAACUUACGUAAUCAUCCAGAUGUUUACGCAAAGGUCUGUCCGAAACACAAUACUGUCCCUGUUCGUGACAAGUAUCAACGAUUUAACGCUUACUCGGAGUACAGCGUGCCAGACGCGUUGACAGCGAUGCAAAAGUUGCAAAAGUUGAAGGAGCUACAGAUGAAACGGGACUUGAGCGAGAGGUACUAUUCGCAGGAGAUCAAGCGUCUGAUCGGCGAGUAUUAUUUCGGCUCGAGACUCGCUUCGCCGUCGUUCAGAUCCGAGAGACUGCAGAGCCCCAGCUCUCAUCCGUCCUCUGGGGACCGAUUGAGAAAUUAUCUGGAAUCGUGCGGCACAAUGACGACAAUCACGCGGCUGGAUUGUGGAUGUGUUCAAGAGACGACGAGGCCGAUUUUCACGACGGCAAGGGGCCGCGUUCAAAGGAGGAAUUGCAAUAAUCAGUCGCACAACGAGACUGUUUUGAAGCUGACCCCGUCGAAUCCCCAGGAACACUUAUUUUCGUCGUUGGAACAAUCGAAGGACAGGUAUCGGAUGAAGACGAAGAAACGACUCUCUCCGGACCCGCGGAUGUGUCCGAAAAUUCCUCCCGGCGGCGAUCACGGCUUCGAGACGGAGAAUGAGAAAAAAAACCAGGAGGAACCAGAACAGGAAAUUUCCGCGCGCCUCUCGAGAUCACCGACCCCGCAUCGCAAAUUUAGCGACACCACGGCGACCUCUUUUUAACAUUCAA